GAAUUAGACCACUCCACUCAACUAAGAUAUUUUCUUCAUAUGCCAUGCAAUUGCCUGCCUGCCUUCCACAUCCAACUUGUUUACCAAGCUAUAUCAUCUUCUUCAUUUCUGCUCUAUAAAUAAUCUCCAUUGCUCUCCCUUCUUCUCCAUUCCCAACCCUUCUUCUUUCCUUCAAUUCUCACACUCACAAAAUGAGGUCUCUCAAGUUAUUCUUUUUGCUGGUCCUGCUCGCAGCGUUUGCUGCCAUUGCUCUGUCCACCACACCAUCUGAAGAAGAAUCAUUCGUGGACGAUAACGAUGAUGCCACGGAGGAAACUUCUGAUAUUCCUUGGCAGGAAAGCAAAGAAACAAAGUCUUCUUUGCGGGGAACAAUGCGCUUUCUUGCCCACAAAACCAGAGCUUCAGUGAUGACAUGUGACAAGUACCCUAGGGUUUGCCGAGCCAAGGGCAGCCCAGGGCCAGACUGCUGCAAGAAGAAAUGUGUGAAUGUGAGGACAGAUAAGCUUAAUUGCGGCAAAUGUGGGAAGAAAUGCAAGUAUCCAGAGAUUUGCUGCAAAGGGGUGUGUGUGAACCCAAUGUCCAACAAGAAGCACUGUGGAGGUUGCAACAACAAGUGCAAGAAAGGGAGUGCAUGUGUGUAUGGGAUGUGCAGUUAUGCGUAGAGAAAUCAACCCAUUUGUUCCUUGGAUCAGACAAGCAUUGGGGUAAAUUAAAUUUGUGAUUAUAAUUAAUUAAUUAAUUGAACUAGCCAUGUGAUGAAUAAGAGCGAGCCAUCACCAUAUGAUAGGCUUCGCUAGUGUUUAUUUAUUCUUUAUGCAGUUUAUUCAUGUAAUAAGUGGGAUCUAUGUACUCAUAUUCGUUAGUCGUAAUUAAAAGUUGUAU